AUGAGCGAUGACUUUGAGCGCGCCAACGUCCGCACGCGCCCUCGGCGGCGUAGUCGAAGUAGUGGAGCUCGGACACUACUGCCCAGUGACGUCAUGGAACUCCGACGUAGUGCAUCUGCAGACCACGUGGUGGGAUCUGGACUACGACUUAGUCGCUCAGGAUUUAAUCCAUUCAGCCAGAGCGGAGGUCUCAGCUCCUCCUUCCGUCUAAACAGCGCAGGCUCGAGUUUCCGCGCCGGUGCAGGCGUCCCAGUCUCUUCUUCUGCUCUACGCAGCCACGCUAGCUUUUUGAUGAUGGAUAUCGACUCAGCUAGGCAGUCAAUGGACGCUCACACUCGAGCAAUGAGCUUUGAUGAUGAAGAUGCCAUGUCGGACGGUGGACGACUCACUAGGAACAUGCUGGGAGACUCAUACAGUGGGAGCAGUGGCUCUGAGAGAUACAGAAGAGCAUCGUCGUUGGAUUCGAGUCCACCAUUGCCACCGGAUAGUACGAUAUCAGCCGAGGAGGUGAUUCGAGAGAGUAUGGCAAGUGCAUUGAGCUCGUCGCUGUAUACAGACAAGGACGAUUUUUUAUUGCCGCACCAACGCCGCUCCAAUGCCGUGAUGGCUGGUACGGUGAGCGAACGAGACUCGUUGGCCAUGUCGAGGCAUUCGCGAGAUAGUUUGGCCUUUUCGUUUUCCAGUCGAAGCACGUUCAGGAGGAGCACGAUAUCAGAGCAGAUGCUGUAUGAGACGGACCUAUUUGAGCCAGAACGGGAGCUGAGUGCAAGGGAACUGUCGGAAGUGCUGAGUGGAUCGGACGAAGACGUCAAUAGUUACGAAGUCACCAGCAUAAAGGAGGAAGAGGAGGAUGUCAAGCUGGAAAACGCCAAGUCUCGGUGGGCACAGCACGUCAAACUCAAGGCUCGAAGCUUUCUGUACUCUACAAUUUGGGCGAACAAACAGAAGCAGAUUCUCGCACAGAUGAGCAGUGGCAGUGGCUUUGGAGCCUUGUCGGGCGCCUCAUCAGCUGUUUCUUCAUCGUCAACACAGCAUCACUCAAUACUUCCCCCAUUGCCAUCUUUUGGCCAGAAUUCCAAUGGUGGAGCCAAGUUUCAGAAGUGGAAUCGCUGGAUGCAUGAUCAGUAUCAACACAAUAUCGGCAAAGUCAUGCAGCGCGCCUUUAAGGACGAAGUAUUACAGCGACAACAGCAGCAAUUCGCGUUCCCAGCGCACCAACCCAUACCAGACCCGACCACGCUGAUUUCUAUUGAGGAAGUUAUCAGUAACCCACGGAUGAUGCGCUACUACGCGGCGUGGCUACCUGAUCCUGCAGACCAGAGUAAAUUAUUCUUCCUGUGCUCGUUUGAAGAGUACCGGCAGUUUUGGUGCACGUUGCGUGCAAACUACCAGAAGAAACCUUUCGCGAAGGAUGACGUGCUCAUGCUACGCACAUACGGCGUCAAAAUUGCGAUGAAAUACUUGGCGAAGAACGCGCAGUUCCUGAUAAACGGCUCGAUCGAUGCAGACGGUGGGAGUGACGAGCCUCCCAUCGUGGACUCGAAUAAACUACGGUCCAUCAAGCGGGACCUCGCAGCGGGAGGUGAAGAUGCGCUACGCACUUUUGACGACGUGGCUGUUAAAGUUAAACGGGUGCUGAUGUUUAAGUUUCCUGAAUUUCGCAAGACGGACCUCUAUACGGAGAUGCAGAAGACAGUGGAGCGUGAAGUCAUCUGCCUCGAGGAUAUCCUGAUGAACCACCGCUUCGCUAAUUUCUUUUGGAUAUUCCUGUUCCCACAUAACUACCAUCGUGAGAUUGCGUUGUGGUUGGAUGUCGAGUAUGAGUUCAAGCCAGCCUUCCGCAUUUACAUGUCGCUGCUCAAGUCUAGUGGCAGCUCCAGAAGCGCGUUAUCGAGCAGCACCAGUAACCAGCGUCGUGAACGCAUAGAGCAGGCUGCGUAUCGCUGCAGAAGAUUGCUCAAGUACAUUUCACAGAAAUAUUACGCGGGGGACGCUGAGAUGCAGACGUUAUCGCGCACACUGGUGACGUCCUGUGCUAGAUUGCAAGCAGAACAAGACGCAAUAUUGACCAAGUUCAGCCUCAUUCAUCUGGAGCUGUAUCAUCGCUUUCUUACGAGUCGUGCUUACGCUGAGUUUGCAUUGUACCCGAAGCUGUCACCUGAAGACGAGAAGGACUCUAUCGACGAUUCUAUGCGGCUGUCAGCGUUACUUUUAAGCUACGGAUUGCGCGCACAUCAUUGGGCUGGUGGUAGUUCGAGUUCUUCGUCAUCUAACGGAUCGAUGUCGGUUUUGUCAUCCAGUACUCGCGAUGAAGCCUCAGCGCCAAAGAAGAAGACGCUGGACUCGCUACGCACUGCACGAAGCUUUGAAGCCAUCUCUGGUGUACUCACCUUUGAAGCUGUAGCUGUGUCCAUGACAGCGGAAGAAGCAGAGCAUGAUACUGAUGAUUCUGGCAUUGGGGUGUUCGAAGACUCAAUUGAGCUGCAGGUAGUACAGCACCCAUUGCCGCAUGACCCGACACCUCAUGUCGUGGACAAGUCUGUGGAAAAUUUUCUUGUUCCGUGGAGUGCAGACCCCAGACAUGUGGUACUUACAGCUCCGUCUUGUCCAGCACCGCUGGCGUUUAACUUUCGCAUGGGCGACAGUAGUGCUGGUGCUUCAGCUGCCGAAUUAUUUGCAGCUUGUGUGGUUCUCUAUAAGCCAGCACCGCCAUUAUCGCGACGUGCGCUUGAAAGCUCCCGGAUAAACUCAACGAGUGGAUGUCGAUGGAUACCGUAUGGAGUGUGCGUGCUGUCAAAGUUUCCGAUGGUGGAUCUGCUUCGAGAGCGUCUUGCAGAAGCGUACGAGUUUAUUCUAGAGCUGGAGACAAUUGCUGCUACUGCUGCUGCUAAUAGCGACAGCAAAGAGGUUUUUAAUUACGGUGGGGAAGGUUUCAAGCUUGACAAGAAGGUGCUUGCCACGUUGACUCGAUCUGUGUCAAAGGAACACAUCUCGCAGUAUCACCAGCCGUCACCGCUUCCUGACUCACCGCUGCUUGAAGCAAGAGGCUUGACUCCUAAAGCUACAUCAGUUUCGUUACUUGCAGCGCUUCCACGACUGGAUCACUCUGUGCGUCUGUUGUUCGACACAUUGGACAUCUCAACAGUUCUGCUAGUGUUUACGGCAGCAUUACUGGAGAACCGCAUCCUGUUGGUAUCGUCGUAUCUGUCAGUGCUCAUGAAAGUUGCUGAGUCACUACGUGCUCUUAUGCACCCGCUGUCGUGGCCGCAUGUGUACCUACCUGUGCUUCCUCGACGAAUGCUACAGUAUCUGGAGUGUCCGACGCCUUUUAUCUUCGGUGCUGAGAAGCAAGCGCUUGACGACGCCCAACGUCAACUUGUUGAGGAAGGGGGCGACGAUCUUUUCGCUGGAGCUGGAGAGGAAUUGUUGGUCGUGGACUUGGAUAAGGGGGCUGUGUUACGUGGAGAGGUACCGUGUGCUCUUCCGGACAGUGUACGGUUUGAUCUACGCGACGCAUUGUACGAAUGUCUCAAGCCGAACGUGAGUCGUAGCGAUCAUGUAUUUGCUCACCACUUCCCGAGCAAACCUUUAGUCUUUCCCGAGGUAGCAGUUCGCGGAUUAUUCCUCCGAGCUGUCAACAAACUUAUCGGCGACUUUGGCUAUCACCGCUACGUGUGGACAGACGAGUUUGCUCGUAAACGCACCGUCUUCUUCGACGAAGCCAGCUAUCUUGCAGCCUCCACGCCCGAGAUGCGUGAGUUCCGAACGCUGUUUAUCGCCACACAAGCUUUCUCGGAAUAUGCAGUGACACAUCAUGGCUUUGAGGAACAGCCAGGUCAGACGUGCACCGGGGGACCUUCGAGGUCUUCUACGACUUCUACGUCAUCUUCUGUAUCAUCUCUGCCGCGAAAGUAA